UUUGUGUUUCAGGCAAAAGAAGAUAUAAAAAGCCUUACGAUAAUUAUUUGCCGCAGUACACUCUGAACGAGCUAUAGGCGUGCACACGAUGACAAAAGUAGUAUUUGUUUACGUUAGUAUACUCGUUGCAUUGGGAUUAGGUCAAGUUCGAUAUGUGAGAGCACAGUAUGAGCUCAGUGGUAGCGCGAGCGGCCUGCAGGGUCUAAUCAAUGGACUGUUAAACGCAGCGAGUGAUACAACGACAAAUGCCUUCGAAACCUCGAAUCUUUGUCUAGCUACCAUGCGCAACCUCUUGCAGAACGCCCAUCAGACGUUUUCCCACAAUGUAUUCACAGAAAACAUCAUUGGAUUCCAUGAUACGGGGCUCCAUGCGUCCCUGAGGGUAAUGAGUCGUUCGUUCUUGGAUUCAGUUCCCCCACUUUUAGAUACAAUCCAAGCGCGCGAAGAGCGUAUUGAUGACCUCAAGAAUGAACUAAGGCGAGUCAGUACACAGAUGUCGGGGAUAUUCCGGGAGAUCCGUACCUUCGGAGCACGUUGCUUGACUCCAAUCCUUGCUAAUGAAGUCAUCAAUCAAAUUUACCGGUGUGUGCUACUUCCCGUCAAAAACAUUGUGGGCGAGAUGCGACUCUUACAGGACGAAAUUCGAAGUGCCUACGAUCAACUUAAUUGGAUCAUAACUCGUCGCAGGGGUUGCAUGUCGAAACGAGCCAUGGAAGCUGUGCCAUGUGCUCAAACACUGAUCAACGAAAUUCCAAUGCUUAUCGAAACUAUCAGUCGUGGAUUCUCUAUUCCUGUAAGCGUUCACCAGUACAUGGUUCCCAUCAAUGAAUGUCUAUUUACGAUGCGAGAAAGUAACAAAGCAAUGUGUCCGAGUAUGUAGAUUAUGGAAUAAAUUUCUUUUUUUAUGUAUGUAAGGACCAUUUUCAAAUGUUGAUUUAAGCUAAAGUUUUUUAGUGCAAAAUAAA